GUAGAGGAACAAUGGGUGCCGGUGGCAGAAUGUCGGUUCCGCCAUCUGGGUCCUUGAAGAGAGUCCCAAUAUCCAAACCACCCUUCUCUCUCAGCGACAUCAAAAGAGCCAUCCCACCACACUGUUUCAAGCGCUCGCUUUUCCGCUCUUUCUCGUAUCUAAUUUACGACCUCAUCUUAAUCUCCAUCUUCUACUACGUAGCCACCACUUACAUCAACCACCUCCCACAACCCCUUUCUUCCGUCGCCUGGGCCGUCUAUUGGGCCGUCCAAGGCUGCGUCAUGACCGGCGUUUGGGUCAUCGCCCACGAAUGCGGCCACCACGCUUUCAGCGACUACCAAUGGGUUGACGACACCGUCGGUCUCAUCUUCCACUCAUCACUCCUCGUCCCCUACUUCUCGUGGAAGUAUAGCCACCGUCGUCACCAUUCCAACACCGGUUCCCUCGAACGCGACGAAGUGUUCGUCCCGAAGAAACGUAGCGCCGUCAGAUGGUGGGCGAAAUACCUCGACAAUCCACCCGGCCGAUUCAUCACCCUCACAAUUCAACUCACCCUCGGCUGGCCUCUUUACUUGAUGUUCAACUUAGCAGGCAGGCCUUACGACGGAUUCGCCUGCCACUACAAUCCUUACGGCCCCAUCUACAACGACCGCGAACGGCUACAAAUCUACGUGUCCGACGCCGGGGUCAUCGCCGUCACGUGCUUUCUGUACCGUCUCGUCUCGGCCUAGGGGUUAACAUGGGUCGUCUGCGUUUACGGCGUUCCGUUGCUCAUCGUUAACGCAUUCCUCGUCAUGAUCACUUACUUGCAACACACGCAUCCGGCACUGCCGCACUACGACUCAUCGGAGUGGGACUGGUUGCGGGGAGCGCUCUCCACCGUCGACCGCGAUUACGGGAUAUUGAACAAAGUGUUCCAUAAUAUAACGGACACUCACAUAGCUCACCAUUUGUUUUCGACGAUGCCCCAUUACCACGCAAUGGAGGCAACCAAUGCGAUCAAGCCAAUAUUGGGAGAGUACUAUUCUUUCGACGGCACACCAGUUUACAAGGCCUUAUUCAGGGAGGCGAAGGAGUGUGUUUUCGUUGAACCAGACCAAGGGGAGCAGAGCAGCAAAGGUGUAUACUGGUUUAAGAACAAGCUUUAAAUUAGGGUUGCGGUUACCCAUGGCGGUUGCGUGUAGGAGAAUUGUGUGGGGUCUGUUAUAUUAUCGUUAAGGGUUUGGGGUUUUGGCUUUUGCCACGACUUCAUUUUACCUUUGGUCCUAUUUUAAAUUAAACUACAAUAAUGGAGGAAUUGUUGGUAUUCCUCAAAGUUUUAGGUGAGUACUACAAAUGUUUAAUGUGUACUUACUCAAGAAUAAAAAAAAUUAUUAAUAAUA